AUCCCAAUCGCCGAGACCAAUCAUGAAAGCGAAGAGGAGCCCCUUGAAAGGGACCCUGUCGAGGAGGCUGUAGCUAUGGCAAUGGGAGGGAUGGACUCGGCUGACGAUGAAUAUACUGAUAGCCUCAUGGAAAUUGCCAGGAGCCGAAGCCGCCAGACCUUGGCCGUCGGCGAAGCUCGAAUCUCGAACCUGGACGGAGGCUGUCAAGCUCUUCAAGCUUGAUCAGGAGAAGGGCGUCCUCGGGGUUCAGUGGGACAAUGAAAGUCUCCUUACCAGAACCUCGAAUAGUGGGGUCAGUAAGUCGGACCUUGAAACGUUGAAACUGCAUAAAGAAGUCAUUGAGCAAACCAAGAAUCAAUUUUGGCCUUUGGAUAAAAAAUUGCGGGUGAUCAAACAAGCAAAAGAUUACGUACGCCGUCAUGAAGACGAAAUGCAAGAGAAAUUUGCCCAAAGACGAACAAUGUCGAGCACAAUACAAAGCGCCAAAUUAGUGAUCAUUCGUUUCUUACAAUUUGCAUGGAGAGUCACCAAGGAAAAAUUUUCCGAAAUCACUCCUUGGCAAGGCAGGAUCAAGGAUAUCGAAUCCCAUUUUGGCUCAGUAGUGUCUUCAUAUUUCAUUUUCCUUCGAUGGUUAUUCUGGAUGAACGUAACCAUCACCCUAGUCAUAACCAUAUUCGUCAUCGUACCAGAGAUUUUAGCGGCUGAACGAAUUGGAACUGGAGCGCAAGAAAUGCUCCCUGUGGAAGAGUUGUACGCGUGGAAUCUCAAGGUCAUGUGGGAUUUUGAAGGAAUUCUCCGUUAUUCGCCCAUUUUCUACGGGUUCUUCAGCUCCAAGCCAGCCACCAAAGCUGGUUAUCAAAUUCCUCUCGCAUAUUUCUGCGCCGGAAUGGCCGUUUAUAUCUUCAGCUUUGCCAUCAUUCUCAAGAAAAUGGCUCACAACUCGAAGCAGAGCAAACUUUCCGAAAAAGGCGACGAAUGCACUUUCACUUGGAAAGUGUACACCUCUUGGGAUUAUGGUAUUGCUAACAUUGAAACCGCUCACAACAAGGUGGCUUCUAUUAUCAUGGGCUUUAGAGAGGCACUAGUAGAGGAAAUGGAGAAGGAAAAACAACAAGAAAAAUCUUGGAAGACUAUUGGAAAACGCGUGUUCGCCAACUUUCUCGUUUUAAUGCUCCUGGUGGGGGAUCGCUUAUGCCGUCAUCUUGGUCGUGGACGUUCCACUCAACCCGAAGCUGAAACCUCUUGGUAUCGUCAGAAUGAAAAUGAGAUCACCAUUGUCAUGUCUAUGAUUUCCAUCAUCGUGCCCAAUUUCUUCGACAUUAUCGGACUGUUGGAGAUGUAUCAUCCCCGAAAAGCCAUGAGAUGGAUGCUGGCGAGGAUUAUGGCUUUGAACCUCCUGAGUUUAUACACUUUGAUCAUUGCACUGUUUGGGAAGACUGACGACAUGAUCAAUACCUUGAGGAAAAUGGAGGAGAUGAAGAAUGCUGGGGUGAACUUUGGCCUAGAACCAGUGACGGAAACACCCCUUAUUGACAAGGAUUGCUUCCAAGUCCCGAUUCCUUGCGCUUUACUCUCUCAGGAGGCUGACUUACCGCCAAUCUUGUCUCUCUAUUACGAGUUUGACGAAAAUGGCGUUCGAUCUGGCAACUUGAGCUCCGCUCGGGUUUCGAAAAAGAACAUCUCCAACUCUAGCACACCUAUCCCUACAACAAUGCUGCCUUUGACCUCUACUCCGAAUGCAACCGAUUUGUAUAACUCUCAAAAAUUGAGCUCUCCUACAGAACAACUUCAAGGCCAUACCCGGGAUCCUGAUAUGGUGAAAGAUUGGCUGAAGAACUUAACAUUGACAAGAGGACAUCAGGAGGAUUGCGAUUCGUGCAUCUAUCGUUGUGGCAUCAAUUGCCAAGAUUUGUGUCAUAUCAUGCGAAAUUGCUCGGAGAGCAACCUCAACUUUACAAAGUCCUUAAAUGCAACUGAAAACAUGACCACCUUGCUACUGUUUCUUCGCGGAUUACUGAAUAACACGGAGUCCCUUCCGGCGGAUGGAAUCAACGAUGAAUUUGAAUCAUGCUACAAGUGCACCCUCUUGGCACCCAACGGAACCGAGACUGCCCCUCAACCUUUCCCAUCCAUUGAACCCACACCGCCCAUAUCCUCUGACAUUGGAUUUAUACCCAUUGAAGAACGCCAUUGCACCAAACAAAUUUGUCGACGGCGGUUUUUUGGUUCCUUGAAACCAACUCAGAUCCAACCUCCGCGCGAAUCUUGUGCAAAUGCGGAGAACAAGUACAUUAAUGACCUGAAAGAACGGCUUCAUUUGCGACAGUUAUGUUGGGAGACUAUGUUCGGCCAAGAACUGGUCAAGCUCACCGUCAUGGACACAGUGUUCACUUUGAUGACCACCUUCAUUGGCGACUUCUUACGAGCCGUUUUCCUUCGCGUGGUCAACCCAUGCUGGUUUUGGGAUAUGGAGAAAAAGUUCCCGAAAUAUCCCGACUUUAAAGUGGCGGAGAAUAUCUUGCAUUUGGUGAAUAACCAAGGAAUGAUCUGGAUGGGUCUAUUUAUGGCCCCUGGAUUGCCUGCCCUCAACGUUGUCAAGCUCGCUGUUAUCAUGUAUGCCCGCAGUUGGGCCGUAAUGACCACGAAUGUGCCUCAUGAAACCGUUUUUAGAGCCUCGCGGUCCAACAACUUCUAUUUCAUACUCUUGCUCAUGAUGCUUUUCUUAUGCACAUUACCCGUGGCUUACACCAUUGUUUGGUUGAAACCGAGCUGGCAUUGUGGGCCAUUCUCGGAACAUGACCGAAUGUACAAAGUCUUUACCCACAAGAUCCUAGAAAUCCUACCCAAGAAGUUACAUGGCGUUUUGGAUUAUUUCACAAGUCCCGGAGUGGUUAUUCCAGUGUUCGUUUUGCUCAUUUUGAUCAUCUACUAUUUGAUAUCCUUAACUGGUCUGCUCAGAGAAUCCAACGAGGAUCUUAAAAUCCAACUGCACCACGAAAGAACCGAAGAGCGUCGAAAGUUGCUUCAAAGCAAGCAAGGUGGAGGAAUGGCUGGAGCUGGAAACCUAUCUGAUCGUUGGAAGAAAUUAUUGGGAAGUGCUCUGCAGAGCGCCAGGCAAUCAGAAGAUAUUCGGCGAACUAGCGAGGGUACAACUAGAACCGAGCAUCAAGUGGCCGAGAUCGAGAACACCGAGGUUCAUCAUUACAAUGAGCGAGCCGUUGAUGUGCCUGGAGCGGACAAUCCUCCUAUGGGCGAAUUCAAACCGAGGAUGACCAAACCUCCCAUGACCAUUGCUGACAUAAUUCGAGCCAAAAUGAGAGCCAAAAAGGAAAUGCUGGGUGGAUGCAACGACGAAUUAGUCUCGGCCGAGAACAACAGGGGACCACCAGGUGGAAACUCACCAAUCACUCCAAACUUGGGAGACAAGGGAAGCAUGUGCAACCGAUUCACAUUGGAGACUGAAUCAUCCUCUGUGAGUUACAAUGGAAAACAUGAAGAGGAUUCCUUGGCCGAUUCUCGCUCCAAUGGAAAUCGUUUUCACUUGGGCGAUGGAUUCGAUAAUGAGUCUGAAGUGGAUGAAGACGGCAACCGAGUACGGCCUCCUAAGAUAUGGAUCAGUAAAUCGGCCAGCAUGGAACAUGAUUUAGAUUAAUAGUGUCAAAAAUUUCAAACACUUGCGUGUUAUACAUCAUAUCAGAUCCGUUCAACCAAGCCAUGAUGAUUUCAUGAAAAUUUGAACAACAUGAUUUAUCAUAUUUCAUGUUUAUAUCAUGGUUUCUUUUCUUAUCAAAUACAUUCAAUGA